GGGACUCUUUAUGGGGUUCCACUAACACCGGACGUUGUUGGUGCACGUCGCUGCAGAAAUGUCCUGAACAGACACAAUAAUGAAUGGAGGUUUUGAUACUGUGAGCGACCUUUGCUUACAUCUAGUCGAGAUGACAUGAAGCUUUAAGUUUCCCUGACCCCGUUUCCCGCCGCUGAGGUACCAUGACAGCGAGAAUGAAGCUGAAGCUGAAGACUGUGUUUGUGCUAUACUUCAUGGUUUCCCUGAUGGGUCUCAUCUAUGCAUUGAUGCAGCUCGGCCAGCACUGCGACUGCGCAGAGCACGACCUGCCGAAAGACCGCGCCAUAUCCCGCCUGCAGGAGGAGCUCUACCGCCUCCAGGGCCAGAUACGGCAGCUGGAGAAAGCGAAGCAACCAGAGAAGAAGCAGCCUCCCAAGUCCUCGCUUUCCACCAUCUUUGUCAUCACCCCAACAUAUGCCAGGCUGGUGCAGAAGGCCGAGCUGACCCGUCUGUCCCAGACUUUCCUUCACGUCCCUCAGCUGCACUGGAUCCUGGUGGAGGACUCGCCACGCAAGACGCCACUGGUCUCCAACUUCCUGAUGAAGUGCGGCCUGACCUACACGCAUCUGAACGUUCCCACCGCAAAGGAGCGCAAACUGCAGGAGGGUGACCCCAGCUGGCUGAAACCCCGCGGCGUCGAGCAGAGAAAUGAAGGACUACGGUGGCUCAGAGAAGACAGAAAGACUGAGCCGGGGGACGACGGUCAGCAGGGUGUGGUUUACUUUGCAGAUGACGACAACACCUACAGCCUGCAGCUGUUCGAAGAGAUGAGGAGCACUCAGCGGGUUUCCAUUUGGCCCGUCGGGUUGGUUGGUGGGAUGAAGUUUGAGAGCCCCGUGGUUGAAGGAGGGAAGGUGGUUCGCUUCCACACCGGCUGGCGGCCCAGUCGGCCGUUCCCAAUGGACAUGGCCGGCUUCGCCGUGUCCCUCCGACUGGUCCUGGCCAAUCCGGACGCUUGCUUUGAUGGAGAAGCACCAAUGGGCUUCCUGGAAAGCAGCCUGCUGAAGGGUCUGGUGACAGUGGACGAGCUGGAGCCCAAAGCAGACAACUGCACUAAAGUGCUGGUGUGGCACACCCGGACAGAGAAGCCGAAGAUGAAGAGGGAGGAGGCGCUGCAGGUGCAGGGACUGGGCUCAGAUCCCGCUGUGGAGGUCUGAGCAACAUGAACAGCAACAUUAAAAAGCAUCUGCUCAAAACAGGC